AUGGAUUACAGCCUUCCUAUCUCCGUCCAUCUUGAAAAUUUCGCGAACAUGAGUUUGCCGGAGUUGGUAAGUGCCGGGGAGCAAUUCCCGGAGUGGCGUGGCAUAAUUGCUCCAAUGGUGGCGGAGAAGGAAUACUUGAAGAAUCUUGAAAUAAGACUGUGCCGGAGAGCCUGGACCCCGCCUACCGGUACUGUUCUUCACACUGGACAGAGAAAGCGUUGCACGACUUGUGAUGGGGGUGAGAAUGGCGGCGUCGCCGGGGGCUAUGGUCCGACGACGGAAGUUUGCCCGGCGCAGGCCGCUGAUGGUUCAGAUCGUCAACCUGAUGCUACCGCAAGAAACGGUUCAAGCCGCCCUCCAGAGGAUGUACGUUAUAACCAAGACUACUGCCUCUCGCAUCUUUGGAUGGCUUUCACGCUCGAAACCGGAGAGUCACUGUCGUACACCGAUCGGAGCCGGGAGUAUUUUGAGGAUUGGCUGGAUAGUUAUCAAUCAAUAUCGUUUAUACAGCCAGAUCAAUAUGAAUUUCUUGAAAGCCACAGAGAAAGUGCCUGGGAACUGGUCGGCGUGAUGCUUCCAGGGGAAACAGUUGGUGCGGCGAUGAGAAGAUCAGAGCAUGGACGCGCAAUAUCUGCCCUGGCGUAUAAGAUCCAAAGUGAUACAAUCUCAUCCACGAUUCCUUUAUGGGGGCGCCAACUCAACACAUGCACGCGAGAAGAUCUGGAAGACGUUGUCGUCUGGUGCGAGAAGCAGAUGAUGCUAGGUGUUCUGUUGCAAGAUAUUCGGGGUUGGUANAGCAUUUGCCUGGUGCUUGUUUUAGUUCUUGUUUAG